AAUUGCCCAAUAUGCUUAUGUGACAGAGGCCACUUUAAGGGACUGAACAACGUAAUGGAAUUGCUAUGUAGUAAGCCUUACUCCCAGUUGGGCACUUCAACAGGUUACAGUUUGGUGUGAUAAUAAUGAAACAAGCCACAACACACCAGAAGCUGCUAUGUUUGGCUUUUUAAAUUCCUGCUUUUCUUCUUUAAGAAAAGGGCUUCGAAGAAUUAUAACCUACUUUAAUUGAUCAUUCACAUCAAAUUUUUUAAAUAUAUGCACCAUCUUUCUCUGACUUUGGAAUGUGCAUAGUAGAAAGCCAGGCCCCCAAAGUGACUUUUAAAUCUGCUGUGAUUCCAGCCAAGUUCCCUUGAAUGUAUGGAGUAUGCUAAGUUGAGCUGGUUCUUAGAAUAUCCCAGAAUCAGAGUGCAGCUGCUGCUUUUAAGCAGCAGAGUGUGUGAUAAUAGGCUUUGCUAUUUACUAGAACUGAAGUGCCUGAACUGGCACACGCAGACAUUAUAUGAAAUCUGAAAGCAUGAGGAUAAAGGAGAUUUCCUUGCGACAAGAUCCAGAUCUAAGAAAGGAAUUGGCAUUGUUGGCGAGAGGAUGUGAUUUUGUUUUACCUUCCAGAUUCAAGAAGAGACUAAAAGCUUUUCAGCAAGUUCAGGUUCAAACAAAGAAAGAGGAACCUCUACCAUCAGCAGUUAGCCAGAGCAUUCCAACAUUUUAUUUUCCUAGAGGAUGUCCAAAAGAAAAAGUGAAUAUAGAUGCUGUAAUUACCAAGAUAGAGAAGACUUUUUCUCAGUUUCCAAAUGAGAGAGCAACUUUAGAAGACAUGGGUAAAGUUGCAAAGGCCUGUGGAUGUCCACUCUACUGGAAAGGGCCAUUGUUUUAUGGUGCUGGGGGAGAGCGAACUGGAUACGUGUCUGUUCAUAAAUUUAUUGCAAUGUGGAGAAAAAUCCUGCAGAAUUGCCAUGAUGAUGCUGCAAAGUUCAUUCAUCUUUUAAUGAAUCCUGGGUGCAACUAUUUGGUGCAAGAAGACUUCAUUCCAUUUUUACAAGAUGUAGUCAAUACUCAUCCUGGUUUAUCAUUUUUAAAGGAAGCAUCUGAAUUUCAUUCUCGGUAUAUUACCACAGUUAUACAGAGGAUUUUUUAUACAGUAAAUAGGUCCUGGUCUGGGAGAAUAACUUGUACAGAACUGAGAAAAAGCAGUUUUUUGCAGAAUGUUGCACUAUUGGAAGAGGAAGCUGAUAUUAACCAGUUGACAGAAUACUUCUCUUAUGAACAUUUUUAUGUCAUUUAUUGUAAAUUCUGGGAACUAGACACUGACCAUGAUCUCUUUAUUGAUCCAAAGGACUUAGCCCGUCAUAAUGACCAUGCUAUAUCCAGUAGGAUGAUCGAGAGAAUAUUCUCAGGAGCUGUGACUAGGGGCAGAAAAGUACAGAAAGAAGGAAAAAUAAGCUAUGCUGAUUUUGUCUGGUUUUUGAUAUCUGAAGAAGAUAAAAAAACUCCAACCAGCAUUGAAUACUGGUUUCGCUGCAUGGAUCUUGAUGGCGAUGGAGCAUUAUCAAUGUAUGAGCUGGAGUAUUUCUAUGAGGAACAGUGCCAAAAACUAGAUAAUAUGGCUAUUGAGCCCCUACCAUUUGAAGAUUGUCUUUGUCAAAUGUUAGAUCUUGUGAAGCCACAGUGUGAAGGAAAGAUUACUCUCCACGAUUUAAAGAAAUGUAAAUUAGCAAAUGUUUUUUUCGAUACAUUUUUCAACAUUGAGAAAUACCUUGACCACGAACAGAAAGAUCAGAUUUCUGUAAUUAGGGAUGCUGAAAGUGAAGGCCAAGAGCUCUCUGACUGGGAGAAAUAUGCUGCUGAAGAAUAUGAUAUUCUAGUGGCCGAAGAAGCAGCUGGUGACCAAUGGAAUGAUGGGGAUUCUGACUUCUCUGACUACUAGCCUGCACAAAGGUCUAGAGUAAGGAAUUACUCAGAUUUUUCAUGAUGACCUACUGUGGGAGAUUUCAUGAAAAUUUGGGAGCCAUGACUUAUUCCUAAUAAUACACUUAGCAUUUUGAAGGUCAUUUUAUGAAGGGAGGAGGACAGAUCUUGAAUGAUCACCACUUCCUAACAGAAGGAUAUUUCCUUUGUGGGAGAUUAAAAAAAAAAAAAAGACGUGGACCAGUUUAAGUAUGAGGUAAACCCAAUAAUACUUCAACAUCCUUUCAAAAGCUAUGACUAUAGAAUGCAUUGAGAGUAGUUGUAUGUAAGGUGAUUGUAAAGAUAGGAAGAGCCAGUCUGUGAAGAACUUAAAAUGACAAAACAAGAGAAUUUCUGUUUCAUCCUAGAGGUAAUAAGUAAUCUUUAGGGUUCAUUGAAUUGAGGGGUUACAAGGAAAAACACCUGUGCUUUGAGGAAAUCACUGUGGUGACUAUGUGGAAGAUGGAUUAGAAUAGGGAAAAGCUAUGAAUCGACAACAGUUAAGCUAAUGCAUAAUUAUAAAUAAAAAGGGAUAUGGACCUAAAUGGUUGGGAUUUUGAGUGAAAAGUAGAGGACAUAAUUUAAUACAUAUUAUAGUAAUGGAAACAGGCUUGGGAAUUGAUUAGAUAUGCAGGAUUGAGAGUGAAGAGUCAGGCAGAAUCCAAGGCUGAAAAUGUGAGUGACUGAAAGGAUAACAGUACAUCCAUUGAAUUUGAAAUAGUUGGACAAACAGUUUGAAGUGUCUAAUCGUGACCAUGUAUACUCUGUGAUCCAGUGACACUGGUCUCCUUGGUGUUCUUUGAACAUGACACAUAUCAUAACUUUUCACUGGCUGUCUUCCAUGCCUGGAAUUCUCUUCCUCCUCAUCUCCUAAUUUCCUGGGAUUCCUUCAAGUCCCAAAUAAAAUCCCACCCUUCAUAAAAGGAAUUUCCCGAUCCUCCUUAACACUAUUCUAGUGGCCCUUCUAUAUUGAUUUUCUCCAGUUUAUCCUGCAUAUAUCUUGUUUGUACAUAAAUAUUUGCAUGUUAUUUCCCUUGACUAGAUUAUGAGUUCCAUAAGAUUGUUUUGUUGUUAGGAUUUUUUGUUUUUAUCUAUUUUUGUAUCCCUAGCACAGUGCUUGGCACAUAGUAAAUGCUUAGUAAAUGCUUUUUGACUUAGCCCUAAAGUUAAGGAAAGGGAGAUUAUGGCUGGGUUAGAGAUCUUGGAAUCACUUGUAUAAGGAUGAAAAUUAAAUUCAUGGAGACUUAGGAGGCAACCAGAUGAAAAGAGCAAAGAGAAGAAAGAUGAAGGGGUCCAGAACAGAGCCUUAAUGUACAUUUGCUGUUUGUGAGUAUGAUAUGGAUAAUAAACAAGCAAAGGAUAUAAGGUUGUAGUCAGACAGGUAGAAGAACUAGGAGAAUAACAUUCUGAAAACCUAGAUAAAGGAUAAUCCUGAAGGAGAGAGUAAUCAGCAGUGUCAACUUAUAGAGAGAAGUUAAAAAAAGGAUGAAAAUUGAGAAGAGGCCAUUAGAUUUGGCAAUUAAAGAGAUCAAUGGGAGGCAGUGAGGUAGCUCAGUAAAUUGAAAAUCAGGUCCAGAGAUGGGAGGUCCUGGAUUCACAUCUGGUCUCAGACACUGUGUGACUCUGAGUAAGUUAUGUAACCCCCAUUGCCUAGCCCUUACCCACUCUUCUGCCUUAGAACCAAUGCACAGUAUUAAUUCUAAGAUGGAAAGUAAAAGUUUUAAAAAAGGCAGAAAAAUCUAUGAAGUGAUCCUGAGUUCACUCGGCACCCCUCCUUUAACUUCACUCACUACUGGUACUGAGGCUGUACUAGCUGACCCAAACACCCAACACAGGUUGAUGACAACCCAGUUCCUCCACUGCUUUCUGGUGCCAUGAAAACCCCCUAGCUCCAUUCUGAGGAAGUUUACUUAGACCAGAAAAGAAUUAAUGACCUGCAUAGUAAAAAAAUAAUUGUUAGAAGAGAAAAACUGGAGUCUGCAAUGACAAAAAAGAGAAUGAUAGAUUAGGAUUGCAAAUAUACAUAAAUAAAGGAUAAAUUAGAAGAGAAACAAAAAACGGUAACAAGAAAAUAGGCUCAUCAUACAAGCAAAACAUUUUUAUCUCAAAAGUAGUACAUGUAGAGAAAACUCCAAAAUCAAAGGUCUCCAAGAAGAACAUCACAGGACAAAAAAACUGAACAUCAUGUAAUACAGGAAAUAGUAGAAGAGUACUUCCCCAAACUUCCUAAACAUAAAAAAUAAAAUAUCAAUGGAAAGAAUUCAUCAAAAAACCCCAAGGCUGCAAACUUCAAGAUGUAUGGCGGUUGUAUUAACAAUUCAGUUUGGAAACAAUAACGAAGAAAAUUGGCCAAGAAAAAAUCAUCAGAGACCAAAGAAAAGAAAUUAAAAGAUUAUUCUACACCUGCUAGAAAAUUCAGAAGAAAAUAAAAUCCUAUGGAAGACCUCCCCUGCAAAUCUGAGCUUAACCAUAAAUGAAAAAAGAUGGCCAUUCAAUAAUAGAGACAUUUGAAACAUUCUUUGAAAGGAAACUAGACCUAAAGAGAUUAUGUGCUUCUUGAGUAUUCCAAAAAGCAGAAAUGCAGGAGGGGAUAAAUGCAGCAUCCAAGAACAGCAACAGAAGAUAGCAGAGUGGCCAGUAAGGCUUUUUUUUCUAAGUAUACACAACAUGACAAGGGUAAAGGCAGAAAUCUAGUGGAGGUAAUAGUGAAGAGGCAGGCCCAAGGCAUUAUGGACAGAACCUGGUAAAACCCUACAUUUAGGCAAAAAAAAAAUUUUUUUGGUGGGACUACAUUACAGCAUGGGGAGGGAGGGUACAUGAAGGGAGGAGAAGGAGGCAGAGGCCUAGAGAGGAAUGGAUAAUGUGCCUAGGGUCAGAUCAGACUGUAUACAUGUUAUAUGCCAACAAAACUUGAAAACACAGAAGAAAUAGAGGAAUACCUUUAAAAGACCAUAUAGAGCUCUUAAAUAACCUAAUCUCAGAAAAGAAAAUAUAUGCCACUAGAAAGGAGCUACAAAAGAAAAAAAGACCUGCUCAUUCUGUUAGGUUCACAGGAAAAUUCUAUCAAGCUCUUAAAGAAGUUAGUACUCAUGGUUCACAAAUUCUCAAAAAAUGAGAAAACAACCUAUCAGAAUCCUUUGAUAAGAUAAAUUUAGUCCUAAUUAGAAAAAGACAAAAUAUGGAAAGAAAACUACAGGCCAAUGUCAUUAAUGAACAUUGACUCAAGAAUUUUAAACAAAAUCCAACUGAAAUAAAUUACAACAAUUAAUCCAAGAAAUCAUUCAUUAUGACCAAGAGGGAUUUUUAUACCAGGGAUACAAGAAUGGUUCAACAUUAGGAAGAGUAUCAACAUUAUCAUAUUAAAAACUAUAGAAUCCAAAAUCAUAUGAUCAUCUCCGUGAUGCAGAAAAAAUCACAAUAAAAUACAAGACUUUUAUUUUUAAAACCUUACAAAGUAUAGGCUUAGGAGACCCUUCAAAAAUGUCGUAAAAAGUAUCUGUAUUAAAAAAAGCAACUUUUAUAUUCAAUAGGGAUACAAUAGAACCUUCCCCCCAAAUAAAUGAAUCAAAGAUGCUUGCUUUUUUCCAUUCUGCAAGUAUUAGCAACACCAGCAAGACAGAAAAAAUUAUAAGUUUAAAGAUAGGCAAAGAGGAGACAGAACUAUCCCUAUUUGCUGAUGAAAGGAUAUUAUAUUUUGCUUGUAUAAUCCUAGGGAAUCAAUAAAGAUAUUAUUUGAGACUAAUUUGUGAAAAAUAAUUCCUCAAAAACCAACAGCAUUUCUAUAAUAACAAAACACAAAAAGAAAA